AUGUUAUUUUACAACAAUUCUGCACCAUGUAACUGGCCGUUAGGGCCAUCGUUAAUACAGAAAACUAUUCGACGAAUGGCAUACGGGGAAGAAGGUUAUCCAGGUAAGUGUCUGGAUUUGGGGCAUUUGCACUCGAUAUAACUAAUUGUAGAAGGGUUAUAUAGAUGGAAUUUCGAUGGUGAAGUUUUAUACAUUCAUUAGAAAAAAACAGGAACAGUAGCGAACUGCCACCCUACGAUUCCAGUUAGUUAUAAACAAUGUAUAAAAAUUCGCACUCGAAAUUUUCCUUCUGCAAAGGUAAUACAGCACAUGCAUGUACAGUCAUGUAUCAUCAGGUAUUAGGACGGAUAUUCUGAGAUUGAUUGAUUGAUUGAUUGAAACCCGUAAUCGUUAAACACAGUCGUUGAGUCAGUUUUCUACAUAUAUUGUUCUUUUGUAAGCGGUGUACAGCUCAACCUUUAUUAGUUAAGAUACACCCCGGGGAAUUACGGAAAUGCCCAUCUUACACAACAACGCUCAUUCGCUCAACAACGCAGAAGCAUCGCAGGUAGGUUUGGUUUAGUCGGUAAAGCAAAUUUGGGAAUUCAAAUUGACUACUAACGGAAUUCUAUUGAGUAGGUUAGAGAUUAUAUUUAAUGGUAAUAACUAAUUAGUUGUAUUCUUGUGAUCUGAACUAUUGAGAUUGCAGGUACAUUUUUGAAACCGUUCCUUGUUACCAUUUGGUUUUGCCUCCGGCAAGUGGACUUGGUGUUUUGGAUACUUUCAAAUACUAUCAUCAGGUUAUACAAGGGGAAGAUAGGCAUUCUACUAUUAUUUUAGAUGAUUAUAUCUGCAACACACUCGAGAUCAUAGAAACCCAGAAUACAACUAAGCUGGUGUCCAUGUACGAUGAAUAUCAUGCAGUAUAACUAACGUACAUGAAAUACCCAGUCUCUUUACUAUAGCACCACAACGUAUACGAUCGAUUUUAAUUUGCCUGCGUUUACGAAGUUGAGUAAUGUUCCACUACAUAGAUUUAAAGCUAUUCUCCGGGACAGUUUAACUUAACUUAAUCAUGACUUGUAAAUAGUUGGAAAGUAUUUCCGUUUUUAAAGAUGAUUAAAUAAUAAUAAUAAUAACAAUAAUAAUAAUCGAUCAUAGAUAAACGUUGCGAUCAUAGUUUUGAUAAUCGCAGUGCCACGUAAGGUCAUGCCACGUGAGAGGCCUCGAAUUAUUCAGGAUGUGAAUUACAAAUCUUUGGAUUUAAACGCUUUUACUAUAACGAUCUACAAAAAGCACUAUGGGAGUUAGUAGAAAGUCUUAACGACCCAAACGACAUGAGGCUAUAGUCCUGGCUACUUCAGUAGUGGUUUAUAUGCCUGUGCACCAAUUCUUACUAAACGUGUUAGAAACCAUGAUGUUCCUUGGAUUACCAUGUGAGAACUUGAAAGUUAAAACAAUCAUAUUUCGUAGGAAUUAUCUAGUUACGAAACGCGGUGUGGCAAAAACGUACCAAAUCAGACUCUACUGGUACGUCGAGUACUGCACUUUGUGGAAUAAACUAAACUAUGAGCUUUACUAGUGCAGACAAAAGUACUUGAGAAAGGAAUCAUUCUCGUAUAGUUAGAGCAUUCAGGCUUGAAAUAUAUUUUCUUGCCAAUGUCUUUUAAUUAAAGGCAUAUUUAUGUUCGGGUAUUAUUUAUACAGUCGAUAUUUUAUAUGUAUUUCUUAAUCUGUAUCUAUAUCUUCUUUACUUCCUCUGCUAGGGAUUCCAGAAUCUUUGUUCCAGAAACUGACUGACAUGGAGAAGGAGACGAGAGGUUCGACUAUGUUAUCAAAACCAAAGAAUAGUUACUUAUUUUACUGGUCGGGAGGCCAACACUGAAAAAUGGUUUUCCGACGUUCGAGGUUUCAGAAGAAUUAUAGUUAUUCACUGUUUGGGAGGUCAAUAGUCUAGAGGUGUGCAUCGGAUCGGAUUGGACGUUUAUAAUCCGACAAUUGGCUAAUGUUUUAAACCCAAUCCGAUCCGAUCCGAAAUUGUCUAAUCCGAAUCCGAUCCGAGUUUUGAUAAAGAAUUCCGAUCCGAUCCGAAGAAUCCUUUAAUAAAAUAAAUUUUUCAUUCAAGUGGAAAUAUUUAACCAAAUAAUAAUAAUAAUAUUAAUAAUAUAUAAUAACCAAAUAAUAUAUAAUCAAAUAAUUCAUUUUAUUUCGAAUAUCGAAGUCCGAUCCGAUCCAAUCCGACUACGAAACAACUUUACCAAUCAGAUCCAAUCCGAAAUGAAUAUUUUUGUUCCGAAAUUCGAACGCAUCGGAUCGGAUUCGAAUCGGAUUUGCACACCUCUAGGACUCAAUACGGCUCUGUUUAAAAUAGGGAACGGGAAUGAGGGAAUGCGGAAAUUGGGGAAAGCGGGAAUGGGGGAAUGCGGGAAUGGAGUUUUCUUGAAAUUUCAAGCCAGAGAAAGAUUUAAACGUGUUGAAAAGAAAUCCACUGUUUUGCUAUUUUUUAAAUGAAAGUGUUGACUCUUUAUUAAUAAUAAUACCAUAAUUAAAUAAAGUAAAUACAAGGUGGGGAAAAAAGAGUAAGACUGUUCGAAUUGCUGCAAAAGCAAAACUAAAAGAGGAAUGACACUAAAACAAGUUUAGUGGCAUUCAGCGAUAUCCAACUUAAAUUUUGAAAUAUGCCAUGCACAUUUCGAUGCCAUAUUGACAAAGAUACAUGCAUUUAAAAAGGAGUAAACAUUUUUUGGAACUGUCGAAAUUAGCUGAAAAUGGAUUAUUAAAUAUUAAUAUAAUGUGUGGUUGCUGAUCAUGUGGCACAUUCCAGAUUUUAUGUUUCAAAUAGUCCCAAAGAAAAAUGAUCGCAUACUGUUAGGUCAGGGGAGCGAUGGCCAAGGCCAGUCGACACAUUUACUCAUAACUCAGCCAGGGAAUUGUUUCCGAAGGUAUUGCAUUGCUAAUAUGAGAAGGAACUUCAGCUUGCUGCCACCAUAUGUUAUCCCUAUCGAUAUUGUGAACAUGAAAGUCUCUCUGUACAACGUUGUAACAUAUGAUUUGGAGAUACUCUCUCGUGUCGAGAUUUCUUUCAACAAAGUGUGGGCCAAGAAUAACUGA